AUGUUCACCGACUGGCUGGAUGCGGGGCCGCUGGACUACAGCAGCCUUGCAGGGGCCUUUGCUCCAUGGGCACGGGGCGCCGCGUCGGACGCCCAGGCUUCCGAUGAUCGAAGCCCAACAUCGGACAGCGACACAGACGGGUCGCCUGCACCUGAGGAGGCCGCCAAGAAGGCGGCUGCCCGGGCAGCGCCCGCAGAAGAGCCCGGGCAGGAGGUGCGCCAACGUCGCCGCCUUCUGCCCGAGUGGCUGAAGCGAACUACCCAGUCAGAGGGUGAGGAGGUAGCAGCCAACCCUGAGACUUGCACAGUCUCCACCGACGGUUCUGAGGUACACAUCAGCGGUCCUCUUAUCCGAGUCAAAGGAUGGUGGCGCAAGGGCCCGCGCUUUGACCAGCGCUUUGCAGAGAUUCGGACUGGCGAAAAGAACCAGAUCGAGCUGAUCUGGAGUCGCACGGAGAAGGGGCUGAAGAGGAUCCCUUUGCAGGGUGUCACCUUGGAGCCCUUCGCCCUGGACGGCCUUUUCGGCUUCCGGCUCCUUCCGCUUCCGCAGGACGGCGACCCGGUUGACCUGGCCACCAAGACCGCCUCUGAGCGGGACUUGUGGACAAAGGCCAUAGCCGUGGCCGCUGCCCAGCGCCCCUCGGACGGCAGUCCCGUGGCAGGCACACUCAAGGUGAGACUGCUGGAGGCCACCGUGCGCCAGGAGACGUCAUGGAGACGCCAGUCACUGGUCCCGAGCCCACCGCUCUUCUGUGUCGUUGCCUGCAGUGGCAUGGCUUCCCGCACGCUACCUCGGAGGCAGCUGGACGCUUCCGGGAGUUUCGCGGAGUCCUUGGAGUUCCCUCUCGAGGACGACGACCCGGAUGCCCUGAUCCAGGUGGAGGUCUGGAGCUCUGAUGGUCGCAGUCGCGGCGUUCUGCGUGGUCGGGUGGAUGUGCCACUCUAUUGCGCGGGGAGGAACUGCAUGAGAGAGCUGCAGCUUCCAGUGCGGGACUUGCACCGGCCGCGCGGCGAGGGCAGCCAGGUUGGCUCUGUGCGGCUGGAGGUGGGCUUCCACCAGAGCUUGGGGGCCCUGUUGCUGCCGCGGCCCAGCAAGCAGGCGACGACGGCCUGGCAGACGGUCGGUGGUGACAAGAGUAUCCGGGAGCAGUUCCGGGAGCUGGAAGCCUUCAUGCAGCAGUUCGAGGUGUUUUCGAGCCGCUUCGGGAACCACUGCUUCACCUCUCGCAGUCUCUCCAUGGAGUACCGUCGCAUCAUACAGUGGGACAGCCCGCUGCUGACGCUGCUCUGCCUCCUUGCGCUGACCAUCCAGAUCGGAUUCUUUCAUGAGUACAUCUUGCCUGUCGUGGUGCUGGUUGUCCUCGGGGUUGUGCUGUGGUGCCUUGGCUGCAGAGGCGACGUCUGA